CAGGAAGUGGCCAUAUUGAAUCCAUUCAGCCGCAGCCGCCCGGGCGGAGCGCGUCCCGCAGCCCGCUCGUCCUCGCCGCGGCUCCGGCGCUCCCCGCAGCCCGCCCGCCCGGUGCGCAGCUCACCAUGGCGGCUACCGACCUGGAACGCAUCUCGAACGCAGAGUCUGAGCCGCGGAGCCUGUCCCUGGGCGGCCAUGUGGGGUUCGACAGCCUCCCUGACCAGCUGGUCAGCAAGUCGGUCACUCAGGGCUUCAGCUUCAACAUUCUCUGUGUGGGGGAGACUGGGAUUGGCAAGUCCACGCUAAUGAACACACUCUUCAACACAACCUUUGAGACGGAGGAAGCUAGUCACCACGAAGAGUGUGUUCGCCUGCGGCCUCAGACCUACGACCUCCAAGAGAGUAACGUUCAUCUCAAACUGACCAUCGUGGAUGCUGUGGGCUUUGGGGACCAGAUCAACAAGGACGACAGUUACAGGCCCAUAGUUGAUUACAUCGACGCGCAGUUUGAAAACUAUCUCCAGGAGGAGUUGAAGAUCCGCCGUUCCCUCUUUGACUAUCAUGACACGAGGAUCCACGUUUGCCUCUACUUCAUCACACCCACUGGGCACUCCCUGAAAUCCCUGGAUCUGGUGACCAUGAAGAAACUGGACAGCAAGGUGAACAUAAUUCCCAUCAUUGCCAAGGCUGACACCAUCUCCAAGAGCGAGCUCCACAAGUUCAAGAUCAAGAUCAUGGGUGAGCUGGUCAGCAACGGGGUCCAGAUCUACCAGUUCCCCACUGACGACGAAGCUGUUGCUGAGAUUAACGCGGUCAUGAAUGCACACCUGCCUUUUGCCGUGGUGGGCAGCACAGAGGAGGUGAAAGUGGGCAACAAGCUAGUUCGAGCACGGCAGUACCCCUGGGGAGUGGUGCAGGUGGAGAACGAGAAUCACUGUGACUUCGUGAAGCUGCGGGAGAUGUUGAUCCGGGUGAACAUGGAGGACCUGCGCGAGCAGACCCACAGUCGGCACUACGAGCUCUACCGACGCUGCAAGCUGGAGGAGAUGGGCUUCCAGGACAGUGAUGGUGACAGCCAGCCCUUCAGCCUCCAGGAGACAUACGAGGCAAAGAGGAAGGAGUUCCUGAGCGAGCUGCAGAGGAAGGAGGAAGAGAUGAGACAGAUGUUCGUCAACAAAGUGAAGGAGACAGAGUUAGAGCUGAAGGAAAAGGAACGGGAGCUCCAUGAGAAGUUUGAGCACCUGAAGCGCAUCCACCAGGAGGAGAAGCGCAAGGUAGAGGAGAAGCGUCGGGAGCUGGAGGAGGAGACCAAUGCCUUCAACUGCAGGAAGGCAGCCAUGGAGGCUCUGCUGUCUCAGGCCAUGCACGCCACUUCACAGCAGCCCCUGAGGAAAGACAAGGACAAGAAGAAUUAAAGCACGCACAGACUUACAUGUCAAGAGCGGACUUUAGACUUUCAUGUGUUAAGUUGCUUGAGUUACACCUUGUGACCCUUCUCCCAUAACAUGGUGUGAGGAUGGACUGGGAGCCGGUACAGACUCCAGUGUUUACAGCCUUGCCUUGUCCCCACCGGCUGGCCCCAGGCUGCCUGGGCCUGGCCGCUGCCUACCCCUUCUCUAUGCAAAUGCGUCAAAGCCAUGAAUGCUGGAAUCCAAAACUGACAAGGUUUAUUUUUUCCAGAGCCGGUGGCUGGUCUUCCAUUUACAGUGUCACUAUUCCUUGAUGGAGCAGUUAUGUGCCACUCUAGUGAUGGCCCCAGGCCUAAUUACUCAACGUCAAUCCGGCGACUCAUGUGGUGCCCUAGGCGUGGCCUGUGGUCUGGUAUACACAUGCUGCAGAAUUCGCCUGGUUCCUCUCCAUUUUAAUUUUUCUAACCUAGAGAGCUUAAUUUCAAUAACUUUUUAAACAGUUCUAAAUUUUUAUGUUGGCACCAGUGUAAAGACAAAUAAUAUCUAUCUCUCCUGUUAUUUUCAUAAGUAACACAGAUUCCCUGAUUAUUUUUUUUUUUUUAAACUAAAAAGAUCUCUAAGCCUUCUUACAUAGAAAGCAUCCCUAUAAUAUAUAGGGAGAAGUGGGAAAUAAAGUUCCUAUUGUGACAGUG